GUUAACAAUAUACUAUACAUUAAGCUCCAGUUUAGCUUAUUGUGACGGAAGAGUAACUACGGGACCCUACACUGAGCGUGGCCCGACAUGCUCUUGGCCGGUUUUUAUUUACAUAUACCAUGACAUCAUCGUUUUUCUUUCCUCGUUGGUCCAAACUCUGCACAAAUUCAGUAUGAUUAUAACAAUGAUACCUAUAUCAGUAGUUGUGAUUAUUUUAAUGUGUUGCGUUUUAGCGUUAUACUAUAAAAAAAGACGAAGAUAUUUGGAUUUAGCAUCUAAAGUGCCCACACAAAAAGAUAGACUGCCCAUCAUUGGACAUCUAUACAAGCUAAGCGGGGGAAGUGAACGAUUGUGGGAAUAUUCCAAAGAAGUUAGUGAUGCCGCUGAAAAAGCUGGAGGAAUCAUUACUAUAUGGGCGGGACCUAAGGCCAUAUUCUGUAUCAAUGACCCCGAUGAUGCUUUCACCGUGCUCAACUCGUGUUUAGAUAAAAGUUAUUUUUACAAAAUAGCUUUCGGCUGGUUCGGCCAUGGACUGCUUACUUCCGAUGUGGCCACAUGGAAGCAUAAUCGCAAGCUGCUGAACCCGACGUUCAGCCAGCAUGUGCUGGAUGGGUUCCUGCCCAUCUUCAACCGGCAGGCCACGCUGCUGGCUCUGGAGAUGGAACAGUCGGCUGGAACAGGCUUGUUCGAUCCUACUGAUUACUUUCGUGAAGUUACCCUCGAGACUGUCUGUCAAACCGCUUUUGGCAUCUCUCUGGACGACCGAUCAGUCAUCGACAGCGAAUACAAGAAAGCCCUUGCAGUCGCCCUAGACGGGUCUGCUCAGCGGCUGGGCAGAUUCUGGCUCCAUUCUGACUUCCUCUACCAGUUCUCUGCGCUUCGGAAAACUAUGGACGAAGCGGUGGCUGUUGUUCACAAAAUGUCUAGAAAUGUUUUAAACACGAGAAGAGCAGAAAGAAAGGAAGCGAAGACAGCCAAUACAUCAUCCCGCCGCUUCAUAGCAUUCCUGGACCUGUUGUUAGACCUGUCAGACGACGGCUCGUUCUCUGACGACCAGAUCCUGAACGAGCUGAACAUUUUCAUAGCGGCCGGCCAUGACACCUCGUCUCGCGUGCUCGUGUCAAUAAUGGUGUUACUGGGGACACAUCAGGAUGUGCAAGAGAAAUUAUACAAGGAGGUGAUAACCGUCCUAGGCCCAAGUUCGUACUUGAACAAGGAAGACAUAGCAAGGCUUGUGUACACGGAAGCAGUAAUCAAGGAGGUGCUUCGCCUCAGCCUAGUGGUUCCUAUCGUGGCACGGGAAGUCGACAAGGACAUCAAACUCAAGAACUACACGCUCCCAGCAGGCAGCGGUUGCGCGGUGUUGUUCUGGGGUAUCCACCGGCUGCCGAUCUGGGGCCCAGACCGUUUGCAGUUUAGGCCAGAGCGGUGGCUGGACCCCUCGACCCUGCCUCGGAAUCCUGGAGCCUUCUGUGGCUUCAGCCUUGGGAGGAGGAACUGCAUUGGGAAACCCUAUGCACUUAUGGCUAUAAAGACCAUAGUGGUACAUUUGGUACGUAAAUAUCGGAUCUCGGCCGACUACAGCAAAGUGAAACUGGAGUAUGACGUGCUACUCAAAUACGGAGAAGGACAACACAUAACGUUACAACUGAGGAAAGAGACAAAGGAAGAAAGCAAGAAAGGAAGAAGAGAGGAAGAAGUUCAAGAAGAUAACUUUAGAUAAUGUACUUCACUUUGAAUUAUCAUUAGCGUUAUACGUUAAUUAACGUUUUUAAAAUUUAACAAACCGUCAAUGUUUUCUGUUUGUUAGAAAGAGACAAAAAAUAGUGGUUUGUAAAAGGUUGCUAAGUUUUAUGAAUAAUAAGGGUAUAUGAAUACGAGU